AAGCAUUCAGCAAGCCACUCUUCCACCUCCCUUACUGCAGGAAGGCACUCCGAAGACAUAAGUCGGUGAGACAUGGCUGAAGAUAAAAGCAAGAGAGACUCCAUCAAGAUGAGUAUGAAGGGAUGCCAGACAAACAACGGGUUUGUCCAUAAUGAAGACAUUCUGGAGCAGACCCCGGAUCCAGGCAGCUCAGCAGACAACCUGCAGCACAGCAUCAGGAGCAUCCUUGGCUCCCAGGAGCCCGACUUCAAGGGCGUUCAGCCCUACGCGGGGAUGCCCAAGGAGGUGCUGUUCCAGUUCUCUGGCCAGGCCCGCUACCGCAUACCCCGGGAGAUCCUCUUCUGGCUCACAGUGGCUUCUGUGCUGGUGCUCAUCGCGGCCACCAUAGCCAUCAUUGCCCUCUCUCCAAAGUGCCUAGACUGGUGGCAGGAGGGGCCCAUGUACCAGAUCUACCCAAGGUCUUUCAAGGACAGUAACAAGGAUGGGAACGGAGAUCUGAAAGGUAUUCAAGAUAAACUGGACUACAUCACAGCUUUAAAUAUAAAAACUGUUUGGAUUACUUCAUUUUAUAAAUCGUCCCUUAAAGAUUUCAGAUAUGGUGUUGAAGAUUUCCGGGAAGUUGAUCCCAUUUUUGGAACGAUGGAAGAUUUUGAGAAUCUGGUUGCAGCCAUACAUGAUAAAGGUUUAAAAUUAAUCAUCGAUUUCAUACCAAACCACACAAGUGAUAAACAUAUUUGGUUUCAAUUGAGUCGGACACGGACAGGAAAAUAUACUGAUUAUUAUAUCUGGCAUGACUGUACCCAUGAAAAUGGCAAAACCAUUCCACCUAACAACUGGUUAAGUGUAUAUGGAAACUCCAGUUGGCACUUUGAUGAAGUGCGAAACCAGUGUUAUUUUCACCAGUUUAUGAAAGAGCAACCUGAUUUAAAUUUCCGCAAUCCUGAUGUUCAAGAAGAAAUAAAAGAAAUUAUACGGUUCUGGCUCACAAAGGGUGUUGAUGGUUUUAGUUUUGAUGCUGUUAAAUUCCUCCUAGAAGCAAAGCAUCUGAGAGACGAGAUCCAAGUAAAUAAGACCCAAAUCCCGGACACGGUCACACAAUACUCGGAGCUGUACCAUGACUUCACCACCACGCAGGUGGGAAUGCACGACAUUGUCCGCAGCUUCCGGCAGACCAUGGACCAAUACAGCACGGAGCCUGGCAGAUACAGGUUCAUGGGGACUGAAGCCUAUGCAGACAGUAUUGACAGGACCGUGACGUACUAUGGAUUGCCAUUUAUCCAAGAAGCCGAUUUUCCCUUCAACAAUUACCUCACCAUGCUAGACACUGUUUCUGGGAACAGCGUGUAUGAGGUUAUCACAUCCUGGAUGGAAAACAUGCCAGAAGGAAAAUGGCCUAAUUGGAUGAUUGGUGGACCAGACAGUUCCCGGCUGACUUCGCGUUUGGGGAAUGAGUAUGUCAACGUGAUGAACAUGCUUCUUUUCACACUCCCUGGAACUCCUAUAACUUACUACGGAGAAGAAAUUGGAAUGGGAAAUAUUGUAGCCACAAAUCUCAAUGAAAGCUAUGAUAUUAAUACCCUUCGCUCAAAGUCACCAAUGCAGUGGGACAAUAGUUCAAAUGCUGGUUUUUCUGAAGCUAGUCACACCUGGUUACCUACCAAUUCAGAUUACCACACUGUGAAUGUUGACUCUUGCUCUGUCACCCAUGCUCGAGUGCAGUGGCGUGAUCUCUGCUCACUGCAGCCUCCGCCUCCCGGGUUCAAGUGAUUCUCCUGCCGCAGCCUCCCGAGUAGCUAGGAUUACAGGUGCACGUCAUUAUGCCUGGGUAAUUUUUGUUAUUUUUUAGUAGAGAUGGUGUUUCACCAUGUUGGCCAGGCUGGUCUUGAACUCUUGACCUCUGGUGAUCUGCCUGCCUUGGCCUCCUAAAGUGCUAGGAUUAUGGGCCUGAGCCACCUUGCCUGGCCUGCAACACUUGUUUUUAAUAGAAGACACGAGAAAUGAUUUAAAUAUUUUAUCAAUAGAAAACCAGCUCUAUCAACUAUGAGCCCAGUAUGCAGCUUUUAAAAAUGAGAGCUCUAUAUACAUUGAUAUGAGACCAUUUCAAAUAUGUAUUCAAUAAAGUAUAGAAUGGUAACAUGUCACCAACUGUGUAAAGAAACAUAUGUUUGCAUAGGCACAGAAUGUAUCAUUUCAUAUGAUACAUAAAAACAAAAGAACAUAUAUAGUGCCUGUUUCUGCAGGGAACUGCGAAGCUAUUGAAAGGUGUUGAAGAAAACCUUUUUAUAGUAUGUAUUCUUCUUGUAAUUGAAUAAAAAAUAAAAUGACAAAAAUCAGGCUUGGAAAUAUUUAAUAGCAGACAAAAUAUAGUUCAAUAUGAAAAGCAUUAUAUGAGACAAAGGCAAUUUUCAAAAAUUGAUAAAACGUUCCACUAAAAAUCAUGACUGCAUCUAACAGCUUCAAAAUAUAGAAAAUACUCAAAUGCAAAAUCAACAAAUCUGCAAUUACAGAAAAAGACUUCAACAUACUUCUAGAAAGUAGUAACUCAAGUAGACAAUAAUAGCUAACACUUACCGGGCACUUCUUAUGUGAGUGGCACUGAAACAUGUGCUUUCAUGCAUUACCUAAGGCUAGAGAAAAUGUUAAUAACUUUGACAAGUCAUACAUGUAUCAUAAAUAUCUUUGUAGCUGACAAACAGCAUAAACAUUUUUUUAAACACCAUUAGAUAAUUAUUUAAAGACCACAUAUUGGGAACCUACCCCUAAAGAACAAUAACAACCACAAUAACAACUACCACCCCAGUAAACAUGGCUGGCAAGAGUACAAUUAAAUGAACAUUAUCACUGAUUUGGCAACAGCUCUUAUGAAGAAUAAUUUGGCAUUAUGUAUCAAGUGCCCAUACUCUUUGACAAAGUAACUGUCUUUCUGAUUAUCUAAAAUAAUACAAAAAAGGGGGGAGGGGAAUAAAAAUAGAAAAUAUUAGAAACACUAAUGUCAAAAUGAAAGGGCAUGGUUAAGUAUGGUACAACCAUUCAACAGAAUAUUGUCAUUAAAAACAUGGAGGCUAUAUUAUAUAGUCAAUAACAAAAUACUUGAAGGGU